UCCGCCACCCUCAUCUCUCCCCUCACAGCCCCUUCCACACACGUGCAGGUAAAGUCUGCAGCUGAGGAUGGGACCCCACUGCCCGCACCCAGGCCCUUCCCUCCCUCCCUCCCUCCCUGGCGCCCAUUAGCUAGCCCAGGCCUUGGGGGCGGUGGCUGCUGAGUCUUCGUGCCAGGCCCGCCCCCAGAGACGCACCUGUUCUGACCUGCUGAGCAGGUUCCCAGGUUUCUGCCGUCGUUGUUGGCCACGGCGUGGGAAGCAGCUCUGGGGGAGCUCCGAGCUCCCCAUCACGGCUUUUUGUGGGUAGCUACAGCUGGGUGGGUAGAACGGGGUCGGGUCCCCGAGUGGAGACCCAGCUGGGAUAGGCAGGUGUGUCAGUGCCUUGGGACUCCACGGCUUCCUGCCUUCUGGGUCUGUGCCUUAUCCAGCUCUAGAGCCGGCUCCCAGGGAGAAGUCGGUGGAACUUCAGAAACGCCGGGCAGAUCUGCCCUCCAACCAAUGCCCCUGUCCCUGGGAGCCGAGAUGUGGGGGCCUGAGGCCUGGUUGCUGCUGCUGCUGCUGCUGGCAUCAUUUCCAGGUCGGUGCCCCGCGGGUGAGCUGGAGACCUCGGAGGUGGUGACCGUGGUGCUGGGCCAGGAUGCAAAGCUGCCCUGCUUCUACCGAGGGAACCCCGACGAGCAGGUGGGGCAGGUGGCAUGGGCUCGGGUGGACGCGGGCGAGGGCGCCCAGGAGCUGGCGCUGCUGCACUCCAAAUACGGGCUACAUGUGAGCUCUGCCUACGAGGGCCGCGUGGAACAGCCGCCGCCCCCCCGGAACCCCCUGGACGGCUCGGUGCUCCUGCGCAACGCUGUGCAGGCGGAUGAGGGAGAGUACGAGUGCCAUGUCAGCACCUUUCCCGCCGGCAGCUUCCAGGUGCGGCUGCGGCUCCGAGUGCUGGUGCCUCCCCUGCCUUCACUGAAUCCUGGUCCAGCGCUAGAAGAGGGCCAGGGCCUGACGCUAGCAGCCUCCUGCACAGCCGAGGGCAGCCCAGCCCCAAGUGUGACCUGGGACACAGAGGUCAAAGGCACAACCUCCAGCCGCUCCUUCAAGUAUUCUCGCUCUGCUGCUGUGACUUCAGAGUUCCACCUGGUGCCUAGCCGCAGUAUGAACGGACAGCCACUUACUUGCGUGGUGUCCCACCCUGGCCUGCUCCAGGACCAAAGGAUCACCCACAUCCUCCAUGUGGCCUUCCUUGCUGAGGCCUCUGUGAGGGGUCUUGAAGACCAAAAGCUGUGGCAAGUUGGCAGAGAAGGAGCGACGCUCAAGUGCCUGAGUGAAGGGCAGCCCCCUCCCUCGUACAACUGGACACGGCUGGACGGGCCUCUGCCCAGUGGGGUACGAGUGGAAGGGGACACUCUGGGCUUUCCCCGGCUGACCACUGAGCACAGUGGCAUCUACGUUUGCCAUGUCAGCAAUGAGCUCUCCUCGAGGGAUUCUCAGGUCACCGUGGAUGUUCUUGCAGACCCUCAGGAGGACACAGGGAAGCAGGUGGACCUAGUGUCGGCCUCGGUGGUGGUGGUGGGUGUGAUCGCCGCACUCUUGUUCUGCCUUCUGGUGGUGGUGGUGGUGCUCAUGUCCCGAUAUCAUCGGCGCAAAGCCCAGCAGAUGACCCAGAAAUAUGAGGAGGAGCUGACCCUGACCAGGGAGAACUCUAUCCGGAGGCUGCAUUCCCAUCACACGGACCCCAGGAGCCAACCGGAGGAGAGUGUAGGGCUGAGAGCCGAGGGCCACCCUGAUAGUCUCAAGGACAACAGUAGCUGCUCUGUGAUGAGUGAAGAGCCAGAGGGCCGCAGCUACUCCACGCUGACCACAGUGAGGGAGAUCGAAACACAGACUGAACUGCUGUCACCAGGCUCUGGGCGGGCAGAGGAGGAGGAAGAUCGGGAUGAAGGCAUCAAGCAGGCCAUGAACCAUUUUGUCCAGGAGAAUGGGACCCUGCGGGCCAAGCCCACGGGCAAUGGCAUCUACAUCAAUGGGCGGGGGCACCUGGUCUGACCCAGGCCUGCCUCCCUCUCUUAGGCCUGGCUCCUUCUGCUGACACGGGGGAUUUCAGCUCAUCUUGGGGACCCCUUAAAACACCCCAUUUCUUGAGGAAGAUGCUCCCCACUCUACUGACUGCUCGACCUUUUCCUCCAACCCUUCUGUUCAUCGGGAGGGCUCCACUGAUUGAGUCCCUCCCACCGUGUGUGCUGGUCACUGUGUGUGUGUGUUUGUGCUUGUGUGAGUUUCAUCGACUGUGUGUGCAUGGAAGGACGGCUGUGUCUGUGGUGUGUGCCAUGCUGUCAUGUCAGAGUCCAAGUGAAACACGGUGUGUGUGCCGUGGGUUUGGUUUGCAUGUUGCGUGGCCGUGUGUGACCUCUGCCUGUAAAGGCAGGCAUUUUCCUCAGACCCCAGAGCAGUAUUAAUGAUGCAGAGGUUGGAGGUGAGAGGUGGAGACUGUGGGUCAGAUCCAGAUAUGCGGGCAUAGCUGGAGCUGGAAUCUGGCCUCUGGAGGGGGGGCAGCACGUCCCCUGCCACUGGGAGCCUUCAGGACGAGGAUGAGUGUGAAGCAGCCCGCCCAGGGGUCUGCCAGAGGCUUGAACUGUUACAGAAGAGGCCCUCUGCCCUCUGGUGGCCCUUGGGCCUGCUGCAUGUACAUAUUUUCUGUAAAUAAACCUGCACAGGGGAAUGUCUUUCAGAAAUACUGCUCUGAAUCCUUUAAUAAGAGGAAAAACUUUUAAAAUAGCUUUUGACUUAUGCAAUGCUUGUCCCUGGGAUUGCUUAAAGUGAGGCUAGACCUCACUCAGACCCCACCCAGGGGGUUAAUUCCUGUGGUUCUGAAAGGUGCUCCUUCGAAGGCAUCUUCAUCUAGUCAGCCCCUUGGGAGGGAGCCUGAGAACUGGUGGAGUCUGGUCACUGGCUACGGAGGACAAGGGAGGGUCCUUGACCCUAGUGGCCCCUCAACUCUCCCCUAGCCUUGUCUCUUUUUUCAGUUGUUUGUGGUCCCUUGGGGAGUUGCGGAGACUUGGUGGUAAGGGCUCCUGGUUCAAUGGUGGUGUAGGGGAGAGAGAGUAGUGAUUAUAGACCGAGGGAGGGUGGGAGUUCAGGUGAGGUGAAGGAGGUACUGAGGGUGAGAAUGUGGCCUUUUCCCGCAGGGGUUUCUGGGUCACUAAUUCAAGGCUCCUCCAGCAGUUUCUCUGGGUGGGGGCUGGGGUUAGAUGAGGUUUAUUUUUACCUAGCCCACCCAACACACUCAGCCAGAAUACCUAGAUUUAGUACCUAAACCCUUCUUGCCCUGAAAUCUGCUGGAUUUCCGCAUUAAAGGAGAGCCUCCCGACCCCCGUUCCUCAGCCAGCCCAGGACUUUGAAAGUGGAGUCUCAAGAUCUAAGAUCCUAAUAUGUACAUUUUGUGUAAAUAUGUGCAUAUUUGUACAUAAAAUGAUAUUCUGUUUUUAAAUAAACAGGAAAACUUGUUC